AGGCCAAAAGCCGAGAGGAGGAUCCGGGAGCAAAUACCACAUAUUCGGGGGAGCAAAGCUGUUAGACACCUGCAACCAUCCAUGAUCCAUCUACUACUCUGCUCCCCUCCUCACCUUCUUAUCUGCUACAGCAGCAAUUAUAUAUUUCCCCCGAGGCAAUUUCGGCGUGCUUUACUUACCAGCGGCCUGUUUUUCCUAUCCCUGACACAAAAAGGCCAAAUCUUUUUUUGUUAAUUAGGAAAAAGAAAGAGCGCGUGUGAACUGGCGAGGGUGGGAAAAAAGUGGGAUAUAUUGGAGGCUGUAGGCAGGAAAUUAUGGGAGCUGGGUAGGAGUAGCUCAAAAAUCUGUGAAUUCGUUUCUUCUGUCCCUCUCUUGUGAUCUUCUCCGUCUGUAGCGCUGGAGUGAGCUCGUGAUGUCUCCAUUUUAGGACGGAGGAGUGUGCAAGUGUGCUUCUUCCUCUUCUUCUUAUUAUCAUUUCUUUUCUGUUUGCACCCCAGAUAUUUCCUUUUGCUGCAACUGUUGGGCUCCAAAUCUGCUGUGGUUCGUUUCGUCUUUGAAUCCGGAGGGAGAAGGGGAUCUGCCAUUUCUGUGCUCGGCUCACCAAAUUCUUGCUCGAGCUUGCUCUUUCUCUUCUCUGUGAGAUUUUACCGUCCCCCCUUUUCGGUUUCUUGGAGCUUCCUAAUCCCUAGUCCUAACCUCGCUUGAGCGCUCGUGAGCUUAGUUAGCCGUGUGAAAAUCGCGGCGUUGAGUCUUCUCGUGCAAGAAUCGGUUGCUGCUGCCGCUAGCCAUGGAGGUGAGGUCCGAGCAAGGGCUAAUGGCGGGAAGGGAUCUGUUCGGCUUGCCUAAGAGCCAGCCAGCGCCGGCGCCGGCAGCGCCAGCAGCGCCGCCGUCCUCCGCAGCCAUGCAGAGCGUGCGCAUGGCGUACACCGCGGACGGCACGCCCGUGUUUGCCCCGGUGAGCUCUGCGGUCGCGCCGCCUGGUUACCAACCGGCUGGGUCUGCAGCACCACCACAUGGCUCUAGCAUGUCCGCUGCUCGGGCCGCCGGAGGUAAUGGCGUCGCGGCGCCGCCGGGCAUGGGUGAACCGUCGGCGAAGAAGAAGCGCGGGCGGCCAAGGAAGUACGGGCCCGACGCGGCCAUGUCUCUGGCGCUGGUGACCGUGCCGACGGCUGCAGGCUCGCCAGCUGUGACACAGGGUGCUUCUGGGCGGCCGUUCUCACCCACGCUGCCGGGAAACUUCGUGCCGUCGGCGUCGCCGGAUGGAGGAAAGAAACGCGGCCGGCCCAAGGGAUCUACCAACAAGCCCCGCGUGGAUGGUGCUGGGCCGGCAGGAGUUGGAUUCACACCUCAUGUUCUUACAGUUCAAGCUGGAGAGGAUGUAUCGUCAAAGAUUAUGUCAUUUUCUCAGAAUGGGACUCGUGCAGUUUGUGUUCUCUCAGCAAAUGGUUCCAUAUCAAAUGUAACACUUCGUCAAACUGGUACAUCAGGUGGAACUGUAACAUAUGAGGGCCGAUUUGAGAUACUGUCACUCUCCGGGUCAAUCUUCGUAACGGACAACGGAGGCCAGCGUACCCGAACAGGGGGCCUCAGCGUUUCAUUGGCAGGUCCUGACGGUCGUCUCUUGGGUGGAGGGGUCGCAGGACUCCUCAUAGCAGCUUCUCCAAUCCAGAUAGUAGUGGGAAGCUUCAAUGCUGGUGGGAAAAAAGAGCCAAAGCCGCAGGCUCCUUCUGAACCUGUACCACUGAAGGUCGUUCCGAGCACUGGGAUGGCGGCCAACAGCCCCCCUUCAAGAGGCACAUUGAGCGAAUCGUCUGGUGGCACCGCAAGCCCGAGACAUCAAGGCUAUGCGUCCACCAACAAUAACCAGCCGCCGAUCUUGUCCAGCAUGCCCUGGAAAUGAACUCAGCAUCCUUGACCGAAUUCAGACAUCGAUAGACUGUCGGUGAACUGCCUCCCUGGCAGGAAGUAGAAGUGUCACUUCUGUCUAACUAGCUCCCAUUUAGUCGUAUAAAUCAGAAGUUUAAUUAGGGAGCAUUGUAGCUGGUAUAAGUGGUAACUGCAGCUGCUGUGUAGGUCGUCUCAGCUUGAAUUUCUGUGCCAGUUAGUUGUUUAUUGUUGUCUUGAGAUGAUGUAUUUAGGUAUGAUCUUGUGACCCUAUGAGGCGCUACGAAAUAAUUAUGUUUUCAUGUUCAAUCAAUUCAUGUAAAUUUCAUGUA